CUAGUUUGGAUACAAUCCGGCUUACGAACUAGGUCUAUAAAUUUACUGUUAUGUCUACGUCUGAUGAGAAGGUGUUGCACAGCGAUGUCGACUCUAUAAAAAAACAAGAGUAUGUUAAAAACUCGGAAUUGGGGCAUUCAGAAUUAGAACACUCUGAAUUAGAGGCUUUGGCUAGCAAUGAUGAGGGCAGAGAGCCAACAGAGGAGGAAAUGAAAAGGUUGAGACAUGUCUCCGAAAGAAUCCCAAUCUCAUGUUGGCUCGUGGCUAUUGUCGAAUUGGCUGAGCGUUUUGCCUACUAUGGAUUAUCUACGCCUUUCCAAAACUACAUGCAAAAUGGCCCUAAUGACACGCCCAAAGGUGUUUUGAAUUUGAAGAGUCAGGGAGCAACUGCACUUUCCUAUUUCUGGCAGUUUUGGUGUUACAUUACCCCCAUCUUCGGCGCCUGGGUUUCAGACACAUACUGGGGUAAGUAUAAAACAAUCUGUGUUUUCUGUGUGAUCUAUAUCAUCGGUAUUUUCCUUUUGUUUAUUACCUCGUUGCCAUCUGUGGCUUCUCACAGUGUGUCCUUGGGUGGAUUCAUUGCGUCAAUUAUCAUUAUCGGUCUUGGAACAGGUGGAGUCAAGUCAAAUGUGUCCCCAUUAAUUGCUGAUCAAAUUCCAAAGACAAUGCCUGUAAUCAAGGUAUUACCUAGUGGCGAGAGAGUCAUCCAGGACCCCAACAUUACCAUUCAAAAUGUCUUCAUGUUCUUCUACCUUAUGAUCAACAUUGGCUCUUUGUCGGUCAUCGCCACCACGGAGUUGGAGGCUCAUGUGGACUUCUGGGCGGCUUUCUUAUUACCCCUCUGUUUCUUUGUGAUUGCACUUGUUGUCUUGUUUGUCGGUAAAAAUCAGUAUGUCAAGGUACCCGUGUCUGACAAAGUCAUUGCCAAAUCUUUCAAGGUGUCCUGGCUUGCCAUAACCAACAAAUUCAAUUUCGAUGCUGCCAGGCCUUCUAUUCACCCAGAAGCUAAUUUCCCAUGGACUGAGAAGUUUGUGGACGAAGUGAUCAGAGCUUUUUACGCAUGCAAGGUGUUCGUUUUCUACCCCAUUUACUGGGUGGUUUACGGACAAAUGUUGAACAACUUUAUCACACAGGCUGGUCAGAUGGAAUUGCACGGCUUACCCAACGAUAUCUUGCAGGCAAUCGACUCGUUGACAAUCAUCAUUUUCAUCCCAAUCUUUGAGAGAUUCGUGUACCCAUUCAUCCGGAGAUUCACACCUUUUAAGGCCAUCACCAAGAUUUUCUGGGGAUUCAUGUUCGGCGCUGCAGCCAUGGUUUACGCCGCUGUUUUGCAACAUUACAUUUACCAAGCUGGUCCAUGUUAUGAUGACCCAAUGGGAUGUGCUCCAGAAUACUCAAACACUCCCAACCGUGUGCACGUGGCCACCCAGACUCCAGCAUACUUCUUCAUUGCUAUUUCCGAAAUUUUGGCUUCCAUCACCGGUUUGGAAUAUGCGUAUACCAAGGCCCCAGUGUCCAUGAAGGCCUUCAUCAUGUCAUUGUUCUUGGUGACGAAUGCCUUCGGCUCUGCCCUUGGAAUUGCUCUUUCGCCAACUUCGGAAAACCCCAAAUUCGUCUGGGCUUUCACUGGUUUGGCAGUGGCUUGUUUCUGUGCUGGUUGCUUAUUCUGGAUCUUCUUUAGACACUACAAUGACAAGGAAGACGAGUUGAAUAAGUUGGACUACAUUGAUGACAAAAACACCUUUGAUAACCUCGCCCCUGUGUCAUCAUUGGCCGUUUCAGCCAGAUCCAAAUACUAAAGGCAGGCUUUAUUUCUUAACCACUUUUCAUUCACAUCAGAAUGGGAAUAGCUUCAUGUAUAAAUUCAGCGCUAAUUGCAUUUUUGAUUCUUGUAGAAACUGUUGGAUCAUUGAGAAAAUUAAGCUCGGAAAAUACCAGCUUCUGUGUAGAAGACACUCAAUGAUACAAGAGCCCACAAACACAGAAGUUCGCUCCUGAUACCUAUGGACAAAUUAUACUCUAG